AUGCGAUCAAGAGGAUGGGUCCUUGCCAUUGUUUUCAUUGUCUUUUUAUACUUGAGCUUCUCAUCACUGAAUUCCGUUGCCAAGUCAAGAUCGCCACAACCACGCAAUGACCUUAUUGUUCGACGAGAGAAUCCAUUCAAGCGGCUGAAUACGACCCUCCUUACUUCAGUGCUUGCCCAUGUGCAAGUGGGCUAUGUUGCGAAUCGGACACCAGACUUUGAUACGCCACCAUUGCUUGUGCUAUACAGUUGCCAUCAGGGAGGAGGCCAAUGUGGAUCUUUGGAGCAACGGCUUGAAGGGAUUACCAGUGCGUAUCUAUUUGGCAUGCUUUGGGAUGGUGCUGCUGUGGGGAUUGAUAUGUCGGCACCUGUCAAGUUUGAUUGGUUCUUUGAGGCGUCUCCACGCUACAUGGUGAUGAAUCCAGGCCAAAUCCAAUUCUACAAGGAACGGGCUGAUCCAUCCACGGUGCGUACACAACAUGCCAUGCUGCAACAUGAUUUGGCUACCAAGGAUUAUGUAAACGAGUAUCGAUCCCAAAAUGUACGGGUGUUACAAUGUGGCAACUGGGAUGCUUGGACGGCUAUGCAAGAGAACCCAUUCAUGAAGAGACUACGUGACAAGUAUCGAUUGGAACAGUUGCAACCUUCUGAAGGCUUUUGGGUCGCCCAUCAAUUACUCUUUUCCAAACCCAACGACUGGUUAUCGGGUCAUCUCACACCGUACUUGGAUUUAAUGGGUGGACACAUGCAUCGUGAUCCUCUUGAUGUAUUGGCACAACCUCCUGAGAACGAUAACGAUAGCAUCCUUGCUCGUUGGAUACGCAUUGGUGUACGUGUUACUGAGGAUAAUGUGGAUUAUGCAUGCAUUGCGACACGCGUGGCGUCAGUAUGCAGCAAGGCGCAAGUCAUGGGCAAAGAAUGCCAUGUGUUUUUAUCAGCCUCCUCUCAAGACAUCAUUGAACAAUUACGAUCUGCCAUCAUUCAGCACAAGCGAAAGAAUCGUCCUGUCAUCGUUCAUGCUGUGGCUGAAUCCUAUGAGUUUACACCCUCGUCUGCAUUUGGCGACAAUCAAGAUGAUGCAACCCUUGAUCCAUCCGAUGAACCCCGUCUCAAGCUCAAGUAUGCACGUCCUAUCAUGGAUUGGGUCUUGCUUUCUCGUAUGGAUUAUCUCGUCGGUCUCCAUGGAGAUGAGUUUCUCAAAACGGCAGCUUGGGCCGCUCAAGUGGAAACGGACUUGUAUUACCACCCUGAUCCAUCCACAGCCACUCAAGAAGAUGCUUCAAGUCAAUGCAAGAUUGUACCAAUGACCACCUGGUAA